UCUGGCGACUGGGAGGCCGCGCCGCCCCCUCCCCCCUCCGUCCUGCCGGAGCCGGUUCCGUUUAGCCAUUUGAGGACUUCGAGUUCCCGAGUUCUUCCCUGCUGACCUAGAGCCGUCCCUCUCCCCACCUCCUUGACAUUCGCGGAGACUUGGGAGACUAAUUCUAGAACUCCAGUUGCAUUUUUGUUGGAAUUUUUCUGGAGAAAUUGGACCUGGAUAUUGGAGGAUGUUUGUACCACGAUCUCUAAAAAUCAAGAGGAAUGCUAAUGAUGACAGCAAAAGUUGUGCAGCUAAGAAAACUAAACCAGAUGUGGAAGACCUUCGGCUGGAUGAAGGCAGAGAGCAUCCAACUGAUGCUUUAGUUGCAAAAGAAGCCACGACAUCUGACAGGAAUAGCGCAGAACCGUCCCCUUUCCCUGGUCCAGCUGGCCAGUUGGCUGAGGUUGGUUUGGUUGGACCCGAGCGGGACGCAAAGGAUAGUGAUCUUUCUGAAGAGCCUGUCAAGUCAUUUUCCAAAACACAGCGCUGGGCAGAACCUGGGGAACCUGUGUGUGUGGUCUGUGGUCGUUACGGAGAAUACAUCUGCAAUGAGACAGACGAAGACGUGUGUAGCUUGGAGUGUAAGGCCAAACAUCUUCUGCAAGUCAAGGAGAAGGAAGAGAGAUCAAAACUCAGCAAUCCGCAGGAAGCGGAUUCUGAGCCCAAGUCUCCACUUAAUGCUUUUUAUGUCUAUAAAGAGCACCCCUUUAUUCUGAACCUUCAGGAAGACCAGAUUGAAAACCUGAAACGGCAGCUAGGCAUCGUAGUUCAAGGGCAAGAUGUCACCAGACCUAUUAUUGACUUCGAGCAUUGCGGUUUCCCUGAAGCCUUAAAUCUCAACCUGAAGAAAUCAGGCUAUGAAGUUCCAACCCCCAUCCAGAUGCAGAUGAUUCCUGUGGGACUCCUGGGAAGAGACAUUCUGGCCAGUGCAGAUACCGGCUCAGGGAAAACAGCUGCUUUUCUUCUUCCUGUCAUCACCCGAGCUUUAUGUGAGAGCAAAACUCCAUCUGCACUCAUUCUUACGCCAACAAGAGAGUUAGCCAUUCAAAUAGAGAGCCAGGCUAAGGAAUUGAUGACUGGUCUGCCACGCAUGAAAACAGUACUUCUGGUAGGGGGCUUACCCCUACCCCCGCAGCUGUAUCGUCUGCGACAACAUGUUAAGGUUAUCAUUGCAACUCCUGGACGACUUCUGGAUAUAAUAAAACAGAGCUCUGUAGAACUCCGUGGUAUAAAAAUUGUAGUCAUAGAUGAAGCUGAUACCAUGUUAAAGAUGGGCUUUCAACAGCAAGUGCUUGACAUUUUGGAAAACGUUCCUAAUGAUUGUCAGACCAUUUUGGUUUCAGCUACAAUUCCAACCAGCAUAGAACAGCUAGGAAGCCAGCUUCUGCACAAUCCUGUGAGAAUUGUCACUGGGGAAAAGAACCUGCCUUGCCCCAGCGUGCGCCAGAUUGUUUUGUGGGUAGAAGAACCGGCCAAAAAGAAAAAAUUAUUUGAAAUCUUAAAUGAUAAGAAACUCUUCAAGCCUCCAGUGUUAGUAUUUGUGGACUGCAAGCUGGGAGCAGACCUGCUGAGCGAGGCAGUGCAGAAGAUCACGGGUCUAAAAAGUGUCUCCAUCCAUUCGGAGAAGUCACAGACAGAAAGGAAGAACAUUUUGAAGGGUUUACUUGACGGAGACUAUGAAGUUGUGGUGAGCACCGGAGUCCUGGGACGAGGCCUGGACUUGAUCAGUGUCAGGCUGGUGGUCAAUUUUGAUAUGCCUUCGAGUAUGGAUGAGUACGUGCAUCAGGUUGGAAGAGUGGGGAGAUUAGGUCAAAAUGGAACAGCGAUUACUUUCAUCAAUAACAAUUCAAAAAGACUCUUCUGGGAUAUUGCAAAAAGGGUAAAGCCCACAGGCUCCCUUCUUCCCCCACAGUUACUAAACUCCCCUUACCUUCAUGACCAGAAAAGAAAGGAACAACAGAAGGAUAAACAGACACAGAAUGAUCUGGUUACAGGAGCUAAUCUUAUGGACAUUAUCAGAAAACAUGAUAAAAGUAAUUCUCAGAAAUGAUUUGUUACGCCAUCGAACAAUUUUUUAUUGUGGGUGUUGUGCGUGAAAUUUCUGUAUGUUAUUACUGUAUGGUUUGAAUCAAUGGAUGUGUACAUGAAGCAAAAAAGUUGAACAUAAUUUAAAUUUUUUAAAUAGAACAUCAGAUUUAUACCACAAUAUUG